GUCCACAUCAAACGUCAGGCGCGGUCGCGUCACAGGUGCAGGCAGGGCCAGUCCCGGUUGUCUCUAGUUGGUUCCGCUCGCCAUUCCGAGGCUUCUCCAUGAUCCAUCGCUCAUCCACCGUUGCCACCACCCCUCCCCCAACGCAACGCCUGCACGCAUCUGCUGUCUUGCAGUAGCAGCUACCCGCGCUUGUGAAUGCUUGAUUGAACAAACCAUGGGUGCUCCCUGGUUCGCACUCUUCGAGGUUUGUGACCUUCUCCACCCAAACAGAGACAUCAAGCUGACAGCUGGGCAAGGCUUGGGCCGUCGCAAAGGCACGUCGACAAUCUUUCCAUAUUUCCAUGCCGCGCUCGCAACUGACGCUUUGAAGCUCAUCCGCUCUCCGGCAUUCAACCGAGCCGUCCAGAAGGCCUAUCGCAAGAUCAACAGGCUGCCCGACUUUGAGCAGAAGAACGGCGGAGGCAGGACCGGGCCAUCAUCCCUCGACCACUUCAGAGAUGAAGUGAAGCACCAGUUCCGCGAACUCACAUGGCAAAAGCGCCCUCCCAAGUGA